UGGUUGACAAACUUUCGGCUCCGCGGUGGUGAGCUGCGGCCACCUCCAGCCUCCAGGCACCGAGUGUGUGUUUGGGAAAAGGGUAGAGAAUGUCUGGCUGGAGGGGUGCUCUUCGCAAACUGGCGACUCUUACUCCACGCUGCAACCGGUUACCCCGGUAACGGCCCGUGCGGAUUUCCCGGAUGUAGUUCACGGGGCCGCGGUCCGGGGCGGAGCCGAGAGGACCCAGCCCCCUGGGAGACGCGCGCGCACCAUAGAGACGUGGCGGGGGCCCGCUUGGCUUCUAGAGAGAGGCUGUCCCGGGCCCAAGACCCCGCACUUCCGGUCUUCUCAUUUCCGUCUUUGCGGGUAGAGUGCAAGCGCCGGAGGCUGGGUUGUGAGGUCGCGGGUGCAAGUGUCCUCGGCGGUUGGUUGCUCGGAGCCUGUGACAGCUGCGGCUGCUCCCCGCCCCCGAAGCGUAGGGGAGGAGACGAAGGAAAAGCUCCCGGUUGCGCUUCCGGUCCCUUCUGCCUCGGGCCGACGCGAUUCCCGAGUGCUGCGACCGGGAGAGCCCGCGACGGAGCGCUGCUGGCUUCCCCGCUGACAGACAGGUCUGUCUGAUUGCAGUGGUGAUGCUCCUCUCGGUACAGCGCAGCAUCCACAGAAGCCCAGGCUAGAGCUGAGGUGAUUGGGUGCUGUUUGUAUUGCUUUGUAAGGUCAGCCCAUCUUAAUUGAGGCCCCAGACUGUCCAGACUGGCUGAGCUGGCUAAAGGUGUCUGCCAUGGCUCAAGAGUCUCCCAAAAAUUCUGCAGCAGAAAUUCCAGUAACUAGUAAUGGAGAAGUUGACGAUGCCCAUGAACACGGCUAUAAUAGGGAUUUGAAGCAUUCAUUACCGUCUGGACUUGGACUCUCAGAAACUCAAAUUACAUCUCAUGGCUUUGACAGUACCAAAGAGGGGGUUAUUGAAGCAGGAGCAUCCCAAGGUUCCUCAGCACCGCCUUUGCCAUGUGUUCUGUCUCCCAGCAGGGUGGCAGCUAGUCAGCUGACUCAGCAAGCAGGUGAUCUGACUGUUCGUGCAGGUGGCCAAAGAACACAUACAAAAGGCGGACCAGUUAUCCUAGCAGAUGAAAUUAAAAAUCCUGCAAUGGAGAAGUUAGAACUUGUUAGAAAAUGGAGUCUCAACACAUACAAGUGUACCCGGCAAAUUAUAGCUGAGAAACUAGGCCGUGGCUCAAGAACCGUGGACCUUGAACUUGAAGCUCAGAUUGAUAUAUUAAGAGAUAAUAAGAAAAAAUAUGAAAACAUUCUGAAACUGGCUCAGACCUUGUCGACGCAGCUUUUCCAGAUGGUGCAUACGCAAAAGCAACUUGGAGAUGCAUUUGCUGACCUGAGUUUGAAGUCUCUAGAACUCCAUGAAGAAUUCGGUUAUAAUGCAGAUACACAGAAGCUCCUGGCUAAAAAUGGAGAGACUCUUCUUGGUGCCAUUAAUUUUUUCAUUGCUAGUGUGAACACCUUGGUGAAUAAAACAAUUGAAGAUACACUAAUGACCGUAAAACAGUAUGAAAAUGCCAGAAUUGAAUAUGAUGCGUAUCGCACUGAUUUGGAAGAACUGAACCUUGGGCCACGUGAUGCAAACACUCUGCCAAAAAUUGAGCAUUCCCAGCAUCUGUUCCAAAUACAUAAGGAAAAAUAUGAUAAAAUGCGCAGUGAUGUUUCUGUCAAAUUGAAAUUUCUUGAGGAAAAUAAGGUUAAAGUGUUGCGCAAUCAACUGGUCCUUUUCCACAGUGCCGUUGCUGCCUACUUUGCUGGGAAUCAGAAGCAACUUGAACUGACACUUAAGCAGUUCCAUGUCAAAUUGAAAACCCCUGGAGUGGAUGCCCCAUCUUGGCUUGAAGAACAGUAAACUCACCUGGAAAAGAAGGAACAGUGUAUUGUUAAACAACUAAUGAACUAGGAAGAGUUUAGUGUUGGGAGGCGUCGAAGUGACCACCAUUGCAGUGGCUCUUGCGCAAGAGAGCUUUUAUUUUUCCUUUUUCAUACAUAACAAUUGAGCUGUUAAAUUUGAUGGGAAGGUAGGUGAUUUUUAUGUAAACAUACUUUCUAUAAUUCUAAACAAAAUAAUUUUCCUUUUUGAGAAAUCCUUUUUGUAUUGUGAGGGUUAUGGCUAUUUCUGUAGGUUGAAAUAUUUAAUAUAGAUUUGCACUGACAAGAUAAAAAUUCAAGGCUUUUUUUCUGGUCCCAGAAAUGAGGGCAAGCUAUAGUUUUUCAAGGGAGGUUUACAUGAUUUGUACCAAUGUCAGAUAUUUUAUAUAUGAAUAUAUUCAACAUCUUUAAGAAGUUCAUGUUUGUGUAUUAUCUUAAAGAAAAAAGAAGCUAUUUUGCAGAGUAAGUUUUAUGAUGUCCUGUGGUGUCACACGAUGGGAAGCGUGAAUAAAUGAUUGAUUGGCCCAUAGCUUGUUGCAGAUACACUUUAAAAAUUAAUCUGUAACACUGUAAUUUUGUUUAGAUAUUUUUAAAGGCCCAGGAAUCACACUGUCAUAAUUUUUAUGACAUGUUUAAACUUAUGAAUUUGACAGUUGUGUUGACAAUUUUGAUUUAUAAUGAAAUCUGCUUAAGAGGGGUAGGUUUGGGUUUUUUUUUUUUUUUAAACAUGUGGACAUAGAAAUGGAAAUUCUUAGCAGUUUCUAGAGUAGAAAUUUGUAGAUGAGAAAGCUAGUUUUGGAGAAAAUUCCGUUUUGAUAGAGAAUUUCCAGACCAUGUUCAUUGGCUUCCUUGUGUGACUAUACCAGUUAAGCCUUAAAUCACAGAUACGUGCCUUCUCAGAUGCAGUAAUUCUUGACAACCAUUGUACAUACAUGAAGAACCCCUAUGGAUAACAUUUGAUUCAUCUGUAACGUUGGGAUUUUUGUGUCCUCGUAAAACCACACUUGAGGUGGAUGGCAAAACCAACUUUCGAAUUUUUUGUUUGGUUUCUCUUGAUUCCUCUUGAAGAAGGGGAUGAUGGAAGAAUUUUUCCCACUUGAGUAAUGAAAAGACUGUAAAGAGUAUGGAGGUCCUAGAAAGGAAAAAGCCAGUGCUGGGUUACUGUGCAGUACUGCUGGCCUUGUGUAUGUGGUUGGCUUGUCUACUGUGUGCUUCCUUGGUGAUGCAAUCUUGUUUAAAUGUAAAGUUCCCUUGGUUUUGUCAUACAUAUAAAUGAGUAUUUUCAGAGAUACCACUCUACCUGUUAUUUCUAUUGUGUUGAAAUGAAGUACUUAAAAUUAAUGUUAUAUGUGACCUUUGUAGACUGUAUGAUGUGUUACAUAUGUCCAAAUGCCUUUUAGCUGGCCUUUUUAUUAAUAUGCCUGUUUUGAGUGCUUAAUACAGUAUAAUGUGAUUGUAAGUCGUGAGCCUAUUUUAAAUCAUUCCCUCCUGUGUGUGUGUACUCUGCGAGCUUCAUCUUUAUUCUUCCAGCAGAGUAACUGUGAUGGUUAGUUACACCCCCAGAGCGUGCCUCUGGGGGGAGUUCUGUCUUCUCAUUAAAGUGUCUGCUACAGUA